CAAAAGAUUAUGAAAAGAAAAUAAACCCAAAAGAUUGAAUUUGAUUAAUCUAUUGUUCAGAAUCAAAAUUCCGAGAUUUCAAUUAGGCCAAACUCUAGCAAUUUAGCCCAAAUUAAUAAAUCACCUUUAAUCCCUAGGAAAGCAACUCUAUCAUAACAUCAAAAUCAAAGGAAAUAUCAAUAAGAACCUCUUUUAUCUAAAGAUAACAAAGUUAUUUAAAUUAGAAGUAUAACACCAAAUCAACAAAAAAUAUUUCAAUAUAAUGUAUAAAUCAUUAUUUUAUGAAUAAAGAAUGGCAGUCCUGUUAAAUUAAUUUAAAAAUAAUUAGCAGUCCAACAAGAAAAGAAAAUUAUAGUUAUUCCAAAAAGACCAGAAAAAUAAUAAUUUAGAAUUACAAAUAAAAUUAAUUCAUCACCUGAAAAAAAGAGUUUACAAAUCAAAGGAAGCAAUAAUUAAGCUUAAGAAUUUAAUUCGAUAAAUAAAGAAUCAGCUAAAAGCACAGAUUUUUAAAAGUUGAAAAAAAAUAUAAGAGAAUAACAUUAUAAAUAGCAAAAGUAAGAAUUUAAAAUAAUUACCCCAAAAUGUGCUUAGGAUUUCUCAAUGACUUCUCAUAAAAAUGAUUUGCCUUAAUUACUAAAAAAUUACUAAUAAGAAUUCAUAGAAGUUCGUAAAUAAUAUAUGAAUGAUAACUCUCCUCCUUUAAAUAUGAGUGGUAUGAAAUUCUAUAAUAAUAGAAAUUAUGGAAAUUAAUGAAGAUGGUCUUUCCUCCUUAGCACAAAGCAUCUAUCAUCAUUAAAUUCACUGA